AUGGCAUCCAAGAUGCAAGGGUCUGCUACAAAGGCACUAGUCGUGGAGGAUAUCAAAGUUGACUGUGUAAUUCUUUUGCGUAUGUUGCAGAAACUUAACUGCAAAACUACUGUUGCGCAUAAUGGCAAAGAAGCUGUUGACCUUUUCCUUGAAGGGAAAACAUUUGACAUUGUUUUCUUUGAUAAGGAUAUGCCAUUGAUGACUGGUCCUGAGGCUGUGACCAAGAUUCGUUCCAUGGGAGCUACUGAGGUGAAGAUGGUUGGAGUCUCAGCAGAUUUUGGUGGCAUGGAGGCAUUCAUGCAUGCUGGUGCUGAUAUGUUUGUUCCCAAACCCAUGAAGCUCGAGACCCUCGAUUCUAUGCUGCAGGAGGUCAUUAGCAAGAAGAACAUGAGUGUCUAG